CUCAAUAAUGUUAAACAAACAUAUUGUAUUACGAUUUACUAAAAUAUUUUGUUCUUCACAAUGAACACUAGAAUAAUGUUUUCUUGGAAUUCUUUUUCUACGAUUCUACGAUUUAAAAGAAAGUUAAUCUUAUGUAUUUCGAUAUCGAGAAUUUUAGACAAAUCUUCUGCCGAAGCUUCAAUCGCAAAUUUUCAAUUGUGCGAUUGAUUUAAGAGGGGAGGUGUCACAUGCCACGUGUGUGACCUCUAAGUAACCUUAGACCAGACCUGUUACCAAGCAAACUUGACAAACACCCAUCAAUGAGCAAUCUUUUUACAACCCUAUUACGUCGAUACACGGAUGUGAUCUGGGUAUAUAAGGCCCUAAAUUUGGAUCCAAAAAUCAGUAUCUAGUCAGCAUCCAGUCAGUAUCUAAAUUAAAUCAAAGCGAUCGACAUCAUCUCUGUACCAGUAGUCAGUACGAAUCUAUACUCGUUACCUACGAUUAUCCCAGUCUAAGUAAUACCCAUCUCGUGUGUGACCGAGCCAUUGUCAAACCUCCAAGCAGUAAAAAUUGGAAAGGCGGUGCAUCUGAACUGACUGUGGACGCACGAGCGGAGAACGGGUUUUCAGCUUCACAAAGAAGCAAUAAAGGUAAUUAACUAAAUCUUUUCAUCAUAUUCUUUCGAUACAAUUUCUAUAUCUAAUAAACGCCUAUUUGUUAAAGGUGUUUAUUGGAACUGGUCUUCUCUCGGCAACAUACAAAUAAAGAACUUCAAGAAAUCAUUAUAUACUAUUUUAUAAUAAAUUUCAUUUUAACUAAUUCUUAACUUUUAUUCAUUGAUUCUUUUUCCUCAUUCCCAAAUAAGAUUUCUUCGGAAUUUCUUAUUUAAAACGAGGAUAACAAAUGUUAAGAGAAGAUAAACAAUUUCUUCAGAAAAUUAAUGUAUCUGUCGAAGGAGAAAUAAUUCAAAAAUCAAAAAAAGGAAAAAUAGAUAAGAUCAUUAAAGAAAAAUCAAAUAUCGAUAAAGCUGCUGAAAAAAUAAAAAAAAAAAUGAGGAUACAAACUAACAAAACUUUGGAAAAGUAUAUAUCCACAAAACUUCCACUUCCUGGGACUUCUCAAAAUAGAGAAAAAGAUGAUCAACAAGCCGACUUAAUAAUUAAGGAGAUUGAGAAAAAUAAGGAAAAAGAUUUGAAAACGACAAAAAGGAAGCCAGAAGUUAACGAAGAUCAAGGAAUUACAAAAAGAAAAAUAAAUAAGAAAAUUGAUAAUAGAAAUAAAAGUGAGAAAAAGGAUAGAGAAUUUACGAAAAAGAAGAAUGAAAACGAAUAUCAGGGAAAGAAAAAGAAUGAAACUGUUAAUAAAGAAAAUCAGAAAAAAGAAAACGAAGAUUCAGAUAAUGAAAAAAGAGGAACGAAGAGAAUUGAGAAAGAAGAAUGUAUUGAAAAAAGAACCGGUGAGACUUGUAGAAGAAGGAACAAAGAGAAAGAAGAGGAAGGAAGUCAGAAAAAAGGAAUUAAGAAAAUUAACGAUUUACUGCAAAAAACUAGUAAAGCAGGAACAAAAAAAGAGACCCAAAAGAAAGGAAAAGAAGAUACAGAUAGGAAGGAAAGUGUAUCUGGAGAGGACGAAAUCGAAGAGAAAAGGAAUGAGGAAGAAGAAGUGGAAACUAUUGAACCUAUGGAAUAUAAGGAAAUACAGGACGAAAGCGAAGCUAAUAGUACAGAUGAAGAAAUUAAACCAAAAAAAAAUGUCAAAGAGUCCAGAAGUGUUUCUUCAAACGUGAUAAAUAUAUUUGACGGAUUAGGUAAAAUCACAUAUAGUUGA